UAGAAAGGCGAACAAAUAAAAGAUACUCCCAGCAAUGGUUUAAAAGGGUUACCUAUCAAUACGUGGUGUGUGGUGCCACGACACAUAAGUGGCUGGUCAGCAGUGGGACAAAGACACUGGAUUUGGAAGCAGAAAGACCCAGAUUUCAGUCUCUGCUCUACCACUCAUCAGAUGUGUGCUACUUUGAAGAAGGAAUAAUCUCUCUCAUGGUUGGUUAAAACAAAAAAUAACAUCUCCACUCAAUUUCUUUUUAGAAGUUAGGGCUGCUGUAUUCAGAAUUUUAACUCUAUAUUAAACUAGGAUUGUUUACCUAUCUUUUUCCCCAAGGAAAGCAAAAUACUAGUUUUUUCAUCCAAUUGACCUACGUCUUACUAGAAAGCCAUAUGGAAAAUUUAAAAUACACAUACAAGAAAUGGUGAGGGUACUGUAUAUAGGUGGGUAAAUUCUUUAAAGAUAAAUGGGUUAACCAUGAUUCAAAUCUAAUCCUAUGUCUAACAAAUUGUAUUUUUAUUCAAAGCACUAUAUAUUUCAAGUACUGAUAAGCCUCUGUAUUCCAAAACAGACUGAGAAUAAAACAAACAACAAAAUCAAAAAUUCCAUUCAACCAGUAGUUGUGCUAUGUAAGCAGCAUUCCUUCAUUCAGAGCUUGUGAAUCUUUGAACUCUCUCUGGGGUGGUGAAAACACAGACCUGCCUGGGUUAUAAGUACUCCGCAUGCCUUUCCUUCUUUGGGCAACACAAAGAAAUAACAAAGUGGAACAGCUGGGAGGAGCCUGGACUAACAGGGGCCACUACUUCUCUCCUAAUCUAAUGUUUUCGAUUUUAACUCCUGGGAGAGCACGGACUGAGAACUUGCUUACUAUACAGUGCCUGUUUAAUUUUAACCCAGUUAAGUACAAAUGUUUACCAAGUGCUCUCUGAUGAUGAUGAAUGGAUCAUAGUUUAGCCAGUGAACUCAAGGCCAUGAAGACAGAACUUGACCUACAAACAUGCCAACCUGAGCCCACUGCAAUGUUCUGGCCUCUGGAGUCAAAUCUAAGACACGGCCCUCUGGUGUUAUUUCAAUCUGGAAAGACUGGGAGGGCCAGCAAACCGAAUUGAAACAGUGUGGAUAGCAAAUACUGCGAAGAAACUGCCCUUGCCCAGGGUGUGAGGAAGUGGAGAGGGGACGGGAGGAGAGAAGCCCUCCUCAAAGAAUGUAAAUAUUGUCCUCUGCACGUCCUGCCAGGAAGGUCUUCUGCUUGGAGAGGUGAAAGGUGAAGCCAAGAAUAGCAUUACUGAUUCCCAAAUGGAUGAUGUUGAAGUUAUUUAUACAAUUGACAUUCAAAAAUAUAUUCCAUGCUAUCAGCUUUUUAGCUUUUAUAAUUCUUCCGGAGAAGUAAAUGAGCAAGCACUGAAGAAAAUAUUAUCAGGUGUCAAAAAGGAGGUUGUGGUUGGUUGGUACAAAUUCCGACGUCAUUCUGACCAAAUCAUGACGUUUAGAGAGAGACUGCUUCACAGAAACUUACAGCAGCAUCUUUCAAGCCAGGAACUUGUUUUUCUGCUGUUAACACCAAGUAUAAUAACAGAAAGCUGUUCUACUCAUCGGCUGGAGCAUGCCUUAUAUAAACCUCAGAAAGGACUUUUUCAUAGGAUACCUUUAGUGGUGGCCAAUCUGGGCAUGUCUGAACAACUGGGUUAUAAAACUGUAUCGGGUUCCUGUACGUCUGCUGGCUUUAGCCGAGCAGUAAAAACACACAGCUCUGAAUUUUUUAAAGAAGAUGGAUCUUUAAAGGAGGUACAUAAGAUAAAUGAAAUGUAUGCUUCCUUACAAGAGGAAUUAAAGAGUAUAUGCAAAAAAGUGGAACACAGUGAGCGAGCAGUAGAAAAACUACUAAAGGAUGUAAACAGAUUAAAACAAGAAAUUAAAAAAAGAAAACAAGCACAGAUUCAAGCAACACAAGAGAAGAAUGUCCAAAAAGACCCUCAGGAGAACAUUUUUCUUUGUGAAGCUUUACGGACUUUUUUUCCAGAUCGUGAAUUUCUUCAUUCAUGUGUGAUCUCCUUGAAAAAUAGGCAUAUUUCUAAAAGUAGCUGUACUACCAACCACCAUCUCAAUGUGGUAGACAACCUGACCUUAAUGGUAGAAUACAGUGACAUUCCUGAAGCUAGUCCAGCUGGUAGUACACUGCUAAUGAUUAAGCGUAAAGCUUUAGAUACAGAUGAUGGAGGAUGGCAAUUCAAGAAGUCACGGCUGAUACAAAACAAACCAUCUAAAACAGAUACUGAUAGUAGUAACCAAGAAAAAGCAUCCACAACGACCAGCCCAGAAACUGAUGAAGAGAUUGAGAAAAUGAAGAGUUCUGGCGAAUAUCCACAGUCUCCUACAUUCUGAUCCUUUUAGGCCAAAGGAGAUUUUUGGUUGGCUGAAGGGUAAAGCAAAACAUUUCUGUUAUUUUUACUAUGUUCAACUAUUUGCAGGAAUACAUAGAUAAGUUCUAGUGCAUUUAUUUUAUAAAGUACUUUAAAAAAAUAUCAGAUACUUUUAUUUUAAAACCAAAAUCUUUUUGCCCCUUUUACUAAACUGUUGAGGGAAAAGUUUAAAUAGAUACUCUUUUAAACUUGUAUUCUUUAGAAUUGGAAAAGAGAGAUUAGCUAGCCUUACUUUCACAAUAUAAAGAAGUCUAAAGUUAAUAUGCAAAUUUACUUCCUUUUUAUCUAAGUCGUUAAAAUUCUUACUCCUUAAGUUAUGAUAAAUAGUACAUUAUGGCUAGAGUUGCCAGAUAAAAUGCUUGACACCAUGCAAUAUUAGGGACAUACUUAACAUUAAAAAAUUAUUUGUUUAUCUGAAAUUCAAAUUUAAUUGCAUGUCCUAUACUUUUAUUUGCUAAAUCUCCUAAUUAUGGCACAACUAUAACACAAUACAAAUAGUAACCUUUCCCUAGUCUAGAGUCCUUUACACAAAAUCGAGUGAAUUCAGAAUUUGACUACAGAACAAGCCUGGUAAUGCAGUGUGUUUGAGAUCAGCAAUUGGUCAGUUAGCUGAAAAGGCCAGUUUAAGUGGGACUCAGAAAUGAUACAUACAUAUAUACAUACAUAGGAUGUUUAUCACAGAGAUUUCAUUUUAACGUAAAGCACAAGUAUACAUUCAUCUGUCAACUAGUUGUAGGGUCAGGAAUGUUUCUGCAAGUGUUAAGUCCAGUGACUGGAGUUCCUAUGUAAAUGACACCCAUUACUUACCCUUUACAAUUCCCAGUUUUAGUUUCUUUAAAGUGAAAGAUUUAAAGAAACUUGCAAAGCAACCUAAGUACAAAAUGCUGAUAGGUUUUUUCAUUUCACAGCACCCUCCCACUCCCAACCUUACUCAAUUGUCCUAACCUAAUGAGGUGAUAGACCUUAUCUGACAACUAUUUUUUUUAAAUGUAGUUAUCAGCUCUUUCCAGGGCAUUUACUUAGUUUUCAUUGCAACAGUAACUUUCUUUUUAAUGCUCAUACUUCAUCAAUGCAAAAACAAAUACAAGUGACACAGAUCUGAGAACAAAAUAGCUGACUCUUGGUAAUGCACAACUCAACAGGUUUGGAGAGUCACGGGCUUCAGUAAUUUUUAAGGAAGAUUGUAAAUCCCUAGUUUUAUCUAGUGAGUUGGUUAAGUGGAGGUUGGCAAAGAGAAUUUUUCCUGUGUUUUUUCUAUUUGUCUUUUCCACAAUUGUGAGAAUUUUCCAUGAAACAUACACAUCACAUGAAGCCUUCAUGUUUCACUCACUGGAUGAAAUACUGAACACACUUUGCCCAUUGCUCUUCCAUCUGUUACUUCCUAGGUGAUAGAGCAAAUUCACAGCUAGUAUCAAAAACUAUCAUUUACCUGUGUUUUAAAAUGCACUGGUUACCAUGGGGUGCUUAUGAGGCCCACAUAAUACCUGGGAUGAUUUAUGCAGAUAAUGAGUUUCUGCUGGGAUUGUUUUACUGGUUACAUAAGCAUUGUGGUGUUGCGCAGGGCAGAAGGAGGGGAAACAAACUGUCAAUCUGAACCCUAAUUUAAAAAUAACCAUAGCCAUCACCAGAGCAUAUGGAACUUAUCACACAGAACAUAGAUAAUGACUAAAUGUAAACAACAAAGGAACAAAACUGGAUAUAAAGGCUAGACUAGGAACAAAGAAACAACAGCAGGCAGCAUAUGCAAAUGUCUUCUGAAAACAAUAGCUUGAAAUUUUUCAAAGACUGCUUACACACUUAUUCAAACUGAAGUCUGAAAUGGGCCUUCAUACAAAGUUCAAUUUGCUAAAACUCUAGAGAGGUACAAAAGCAUUUAGCUCCUACUUUUGCACAGCAAUCCAUCUCCUUUGAAGAAAGCAAUGCUCAAUUUUCAAUUAGAGAAGCUUGCUGAAGUCGUUAGUACACAGCUGAUCUUCCAUCAUUGAGGAGCAAGAGUCCUUAUGGGAUAUUUUUUCCCGUUUAUUCUCCAUCUUUUGGCAGUUUUUAUCAUUGGAGUUAAGAUGACGUAAUAGAUUGCCUGUGGAUCAGUUUAUUUAAAGGAUACUACCAGUUUCAGGAUAGACUAGUCCAGGAAUAAAUGUUAGGUCCCGUGAUAGCACCACUAGCCAUCCCCAUGUUACAUCUCUACAAAGAGAAGGCCCACUGUCUUAGCCAGUCAUACUUAUAUUUGCCAGUUAGAAAAUCUUCCUGAGCAAUUUCAAGUCCACACCCUACACAUGGGAUUUGCACAUUAAGCAUUUCACUUUCCUGCACCCAUAUCCCUAAAAUCCCAUUUACAAGACAGAAUCUGAGCCUAAAGUAAAAUUCCAAUACAAGUCAUCCCUUCCAUAUUUAAUAUCCCAGUAUCAGUGGUAUAUUAUUGUAUGAGCCUGUUUGUGGACCAGAUAUAAGUGACAAUCCCACAGCACCGUUUUUAUUCAUACGUAUGUAAAAGGUAAUGAGUAUUAACAUUUUAAAUCUUUUUUUUUUUCUUCUUCUCCCCAAAUACCCCCCAGUAGAUAGUUGUAUACUUUUAGUUGUGGUUCCUUCUAGUUGUGGCAUGUGGGAUGCCGCCUCAAAACUGC